UAGAUCCCUAUAACAAAAUUAAAUUUCAAAUUUUAAUAUAUUCUGUAAUUAUCUAAAAGGUGCAUGGCUUAACGUUUAUAUUGUUUAGCAAAUAUCCUUAAUACAUUAUUUCAUAUUAGAAGUUGUAUAGUUACUAUAUGCUAAUAUUUGAUAUUUCAUCAGAUAUGGAUAAUCAUGUUGGAGGUGCAGGAGAUUCCCCUGGAAUUGGUGGAGGUUGCCCCGUUAUUGGGGCAACAGAUAUGGAUAAUCAUGUUGGAGGUGCAGGAGAUUCCCCUGGAUUUGGUGGAGGUUCCCCCAUUAUUGGGGCAACAGAUAUGGAUAAUCAUGUUGGAGGUGUAGGAGAUUCCCUUGGAGUUGGUGGAGGUUCCCCCAUUAUUAGGGCAACAGGUACUUAUCUAUCUAUCUAUAUUAUAUAUAAAACCAAAAUAUUUUAGAGUUCUAAAUUAAGAAUUCUAAUGGAGUUGUAGCGAUAGUAGGGAUGUGAUGUUUUGGUUUUUUUUUUUUCAUUGCUAAGUGUAUGGAGCUCUCUUUAGAGCUCUAUUUUUAGAGGGAUGAAUAACUACCCUAUAUAAAAUUAGUGGUGACCUGUGCGAUGUACGAAAAAUUAUUUUUAAAAUGAAAAUUUAAUUUUUAGUCUUAAUACUUCAUGUGUAGAAAAUUUUAGCAAUUGAAAACUAAAUACAAAUAAAUUUUAAAUGAGGUCAAUAUUUAUUUUAAAAACACGUAAGAUUGAGAGUGUGUUGAGAAUGUCUAUAUUUAGUGGAGAAUUCUAUAAUACACAUUUAUAUAUCCUAUUUACCCUUAAUUAUACAAUUAUUUAUUUAUUUAUUUAGUCAUGACAUUAUUUUGAGAUAUUUGGUUAUACUUCGUAUAUUGUUUGGCUAUGAAUUUUUUUUUCCGUUAUGACUUAGAAAGUAUGAAGUUAUGUUAUGUUUUUUGACUGUAAUUAUAAGUUGCAUAUGGUAUGCACGUUUUAAGAUGGUGUAUACCCUAAUCUUUACCAUAUAUAAUAUAAACGAUAUAUAUUAUUUUGCUCUUGGUUGUUUUGUAUUUCAAAUGAUGAUUUUAAGAAUAUCAAAUAUAUAAAUAUCUUAUGUAUAGUUGUACCUAAGUCGGAUGCCUAGCAUAGUGGGUAGUAUUUAUGACUACCCAAUUUGUAUAGUGAGAGGGUAAUUUAUAUAUAAAUUGGGCCGAGCUGGGUAGUGGGCCGUUGUGGGCCACAGUAAGAAGGGCAGAGUAAAAGGGCCUUGGCGUUAGCCCGGUCCAAGAGAGCCUUGGAGUUAGCCCGGUCUUAGAAAGCCUUAUUGUUAUCCCGGUCCUGGAGAGAUUUGCGGAUAGCCCGGUCACCACACUCUGAGUUAGCCCGGUCAUGGCAUAAUGCAGUUAGCUCGGUCAGACCUAACCAUUCGUUAGCACGGCCUAAGCACACUAUGGAUUAGUAUGGUUUGUACAGAAGAAACCAAGGUACACGCAGUGAAAGGAAGAACCGAGCUAGGUGGAGCUCGGUCUAUUUUGCGGCUUUAGCAUGGCCAUGUUAUCUCGGUUAUAUUGGGACCCGACCAUGGUAAAACCAUCUCACUUGGU